AUGCGCAUUUCAGGUCCAUUUAAUAUACUACGCCUGUUAAUUGGGCUGGCAGUUAUACCAUUUGCCGCUGCACUAGUCGGUAGAAAAGCGGAUAACCCGUCAAACAGCCACUGCUCUCGGGUGUGCAUGACCAACAUCGUCACCCAGGUCCUGGAUUCCAUGGUGGCUCAUAAUCCGUACGCCUUACCGAUGGCACCGACCUACCGAGCGACUGAGAAUUCGCACCCAGCAGCACUCGGAAUGAUGACAUCGUGGCGCACCAUCACCAAAGCAGGCCCGCCCAGUCUGUUAGCAAUCGACACCACGAAUGGAACUGCAUAUUUCGCCCUAGAUAUCAGUGAAGGAAACGACGCCACGGAAUCAGUCCUUCGAGGUCGACUUAAGGUGGUUCAUCGGCAAAUCACCGAGAUAGAGCUAUUCAUCAAUCGCUAUCGCGGUGAUCAUGGCUUUUCUUUCUCUGCUGCGGAACUUCCAACGAAUUACGAGGUGUUGAUGUCGCCGCCAGCUAAUCGAACGAAAGCCAGCAGAGCAACACUAGAGGCAUUAAGCGAGUCACUGUUCGCGACGUCUAGUAAUUUCUCAGUUACGGUCGGCGACGCCUGUCAAUUCACCGAGUUAGGUUGGAAAGUUGUUGAUCCAGGCACGAAUGGGACUGGUUCAACAGAUCCCUUGGGCUGUGUCUGGCCCUCUGAUCACCCCACAGACACGAAUGCACGAGUGGGCCUAGUCAUCGACGAGGAGUUGGGGUUCGUUGUGACUAGUGGCACAAUUCCAGGUAAGGUUUAUCCGUACGGGAAUAUCUCUGCAUUCAUCCCGGACGCCAUGACUUCGGCGCAGGAGGCUCAGGAGGUGUGGAUUGAGGAGAUGAAUGCCCUCGGUAUUAUGCCGUUGCUUUCUCCCACUGGGGCUACUGGAGAUACACUCGAAGUUCUUCAGUACUAUAAUGGUGAGCUUCAGGCUAUGCAGAUCAAUGUGUACCUGAGUGGUCCCGAUAUGACAUCGCCCUGGCUGUAG